CUGCAUACCUUCUACGUUUUCUUCGUUCUCUUUUUUUGCGAUUGUCUUCCUUGCAUCCAACUGCUGUGCAGUCUUACAUUCCUUCAAACAAAACAAUUUUCACUUCGCUUCUUCUUCAAGAUGAUUGCAUCAUUUUCUCUCCUUCUCACGACAGCCGUUCUGGCCCUGGCGAAGCCGAUCGAGGUUCGCACUGUUGCUGCUUUGAAUACUGCUGCCUUUGAAGAGGCUCAACAACGAGAUAACACUGCUACGAGAGCGUUCGCCAAUACUGAAAUUCUGACCUCGGAUGGACAAUGUCUCUUCAUCAAUGAGCUGUCAGGUGAUUUCCGUGCCAACUUGAAUCCAAUCCAAGUCGCACCAUGCGAUGGAUCUCAAGGACAGCUUUGGGAUGUUAUCACUGCUGGAGAGCAUGACGACCAAGCUGGAACGAUGCUUGUUGUAAACACUUUGACUCAAGCAUGCAUGAACUUUGAUCCUCGCCGAGCUGCUGGCAACACCGUCAUCAUGUUCUCCUGUGGUGGAAGAGCUGAUGGAGGCGGCGCUGUCACCAAUUCCCAGCUUUUCAACUUCACCGGAGGCGCAGGACCUCUUGCAUUGGCUCCCAUCAACGCUGUAGGAACGUGCUUGACCGUUACAUCAAACAAUGUCCUCGACUCAGCUGCAUGCUCUGGGGACUCUACCCAAUCCUUCACAUUCGGAGGAGGAAGUGCAGCUUCUGUCUCUGCUUCAACGACUGCUGCUUCCGCAGCAGUCUCCUCAACAGCAGUCUCUUCCCCCGUCUCAGAACUAGCCGCUUCAACCUCCUCUUCAUCCUCAUCCUGCACCUCAACCACAAUCCUAACCAUGACCCGUUCCUCCGCCUCCGCCUCAGCCGCAGCAUCAACAACCAUCCUCUCCUCCUCCGCACUCACCACUUCUGCACCCAUCUCUUCCGCUGCAGCAGCCGCCACAGAAAUAUCCUCCAACCCCACCUCAGCAGUCCCCGUCUCCGGCGCCGGCGGCGUCCUCAACCCCUCCGCAGCCGCAGAAUCCAACCCCCGCGACAACACCGCCACCCGGGCCUUCACAUCCGUCUCGAUCAAGACCUCGUCCGGCUCCUGCCUCUCCAUCAACCCGCUCGCCGGCGACUUUCGCCAGAACCUGAUCCCUGUCGCUAUCGUGGCGUGUUCCUCGUCCGACGCAGGCCAGCAAUUCGACCUCAUUACCGCGGGCGCGCAUAACAAUGCCGUGAACGCGACGCUGGUGGUUAGUAGUUUGACGCAGGGCUGUUUGAAUUUCGAUCCCAGGCGCGCGGCCGGGAAUCAGGUGUUGUUGUUUUCUUGUGGGGGGAGGGCGGAUGGGGGCGGCGCGACGACGAAUAGUCAGUUGUUUACGUAUGAUGUGGCGGCGAAGCCGAGUAGUUUGACGUUGCAGCCCGAGAGCGGGGAGCCGGUGGGGAGUGUGUGUUUGGAGCCGAAUGCGGGGACGGGGUUGUUGGAUGAUGGGGCUUGUGAUGGGGGUGCUGGGCAGGUUUUUACUGUUGGGUAGAGGGUGAGAGGAGAGUUGGUGGGGGGAAAGGGGCUGAGAGUGCGAUGGGGGAGGGUUUGGUGUAUUAUUAUCAUUCUUUGUGGGGUGCUUUGCCAGCUUGGCUUCGAUUCUUGGGUGUAUCAUCAGGGGAAACAUGUAGAUCUGUAACAAUAUCAAUGUCAC